UCUGAAACAAAAAAUCCAGUUUACAGCAUUUUAACGCGCACGCCAAGAAAAGACCCGCUUCUCUUUUUGUAUUAUUAUUUUUUCUAGAGGAUAAAAACGUCGUUAAAAAAAAAAAAAAAAAAAUCAAAAACAAAAAAGAAAAGAAACAAGAAGGAGAGAAAAUGUCUUCCCCCGCGCAGGAGAGGAGCUCCGGCGUUCAGCUGCUGAGCGCGGUGCUGCUGCUGCUCUCGCUCUCCGGUUGUUCAAGCAUGGAUGUGCUCGUGGCCAAUUACAUUAAUGCACUGAAUGGAACAACUGUCAGAAUCCCCUGUACAUUCACUUCCUGCUACAAGAUGGAUGCUACCAAGUUUUCCAUGAACUGGACCUACCAAGAAUCACUCAACGAUACAGAGGAGAUGUUUAUGACAUACUAUAAGAAAAAAGGAAUGGUGCCUCUGCGGUCAGACCGGUUUGGAGAGAGAGUCAUGUUUGCUGGGAACCUGGAUAAGAAUGAUCUGUCAAUCACCCUAUCAGAUGUUCAGGUGGAGGACGUGGGGAUUUACAACUGCUAUGUGAGAAACCCCCCAGACCGCAUCCAGGGACAUGGAGUCAUACAGCUCAACGUUGUCACUGAACUUCCCCCGCCAAGGGAUUCAACCAUUGCAGUUGCGAUUGGGGCAUCGGUGGGUGGAGCAUUAGCUCUGCUGAUCCUUUCCAUGGUAGUAGUGAAAUGUCUUCGACGACACCGGAAACAGGAACUGAUUUCGGAGGAGAAGAUGGAGGAGGAGGGUAAACUGGAGGCUGAGGGUGUUGCAGAGGAGGGAACCAAGCAACCAUAGCUGGGUCUUCUUACUGAACCAGCAGACUGUGGAGCUCCUACCCCCAACACUUCCCAUGACUUGUGCACCCCCCCUCCCGAAGAUCUAUAGUAACCACUGCUUGAAUCAUUCUCCACUCAUAUUUCCAUCCCCUCUGCAUCUGUGUGUGCGUGUGUGUGUGUUGCAUGUGUGCGCGCUAUUGCAGACAAGUGUGCUUCUUUG